CUCUGAUACCUAUAAAAUCAAUGCCUACUUCUGUUGCAUAUGAUCUUGACAGAAGCAUGUAUUUUUGGGUAGAUGAAGUCUUAAAUGUGUUUGUCCUUGGAAAGCCAAGCUCUGUUUCUCUCUAUCCAGAACUUAAAACAGUGAACAGUGUCUCUUUGGACUGGUUCACUGGACAGUUGUAUUGGGCUAGCAGCUUUGCAAGGGUCAUCUGUGCUGGUUUAAGUGAUGGCAGAGGCUACGUCAAAAUCCUGGAAAAGGAUCUUGUGCCAGAACAGCUACUCGUGUUUCCUGCAAAGAAGUACUUGUAUUGGGUAAAUCGAGGUCAGAAAGGCAUGAGCACUAUUGAAACUGCAGGAAUGGACAGCUCUGAUAGGAAGGUGCUUGUGGUUAUAAACAUGGAGGAACCUAUAGGACUGACACUUGACCACGUGACUGGCAGGCUGUACUGGAUCAGUAAAUAUAAAAAGUCCAUAGAGACGGUGAACGUGGAUGGCAGUGGGCGGUACACCUUUCCUAAGAUCUUCUUAAAAGAUGACGAUCCAGUAGGACUAGCUGUGUUUGAGAACUCUUUCUUCUGGACAAAUAAAGCACAGAUGUUUUAUACUUCACCCCACACUCCACAGGAAAGAGUGGUGCUGCUAAAUGCGUCCAUAUCUGCUUUCUCAGUCCUCCACAAAUCCCAACAGCCUAAGGGCAGAUACCCAGCAUGUGUUCCAGGUUCUUGUAGCCACUUAUGUCUCCUGUCCCCCAUCCUUCCCAAGGGCUAUAAGUGUGUUUGUCCAGAAGGGAUGUUUCUUUUACCUUCCGGUACAUGUAGUGAGUUAAAACUAGUGUUUUCUUCUGGCAAACGUCUCUACUUGUUGAAAGUUGGUUUUAUGGGAACUGCAAUAGAGAGGACCCUACUUCAAGAGCAUCCUAGGAACAUCUAUCUACUGGACAUUGACUGGAAGAGAAACCUCAUCUACUGGACAAAUGCCCAGGGACAUCUGUUCUGCUCAACUGGCUAUUCAGGAGAAAUGCAAGAGAUUUGGGUGGAGCGUACAGUCUGCUCAGGAAAUGUGGACAUAUCAACUGGGAACUUGUACUGGCUGCCCUGUGACAGAAGUGCUAUUCAGAAGACUAGAAUUACUGGCCCAGACACACAUACCCUCUACAGAACGGACAACAUUAUACUUCAUCUUCUUCUCGAUUGGCCGAAGAGGGUGCUCUACUGGGUAGAAAGUGGGAAACACUUGCAAAGUAUGACCCUUGAUGGCAAAAACAAACAGGAAGUCUGGAGAGGCACCUGGACGGCAGACACCCGCGUGGCUUUAGACCUUGGCUCAUCUAGCAUCCUCUGGACUACCAGAGGGUUAGGGUUGCAAAGUCUGAGUCUCCUAAAAAAUAGAACAUAUGCUUUGAACAAGACCUGGAGUGACGGUGUUAUAGCGGCCCACGAGCCCUACCUGGUGACCAUGAAUGGAGCAGCUGUUAUGCUGUGGAACAGGAGGACGCUGGAGCUCUUCUCAGUGUCAAAAGAGCCAAACAUAAGGAAAAUGGUCAUCCUGGCAGAGAACCUGGACAUUCCAGGCAAGUCUUCCUCUGUAGGGUUAUUCUUUAAGACCCACUCUACCUGGCUCUCCUCAGUGUAUUUUUAUAGGAUGAAAACCUGGAUAUCUUUAUGUUUGUAUUGGCAAUUGUCCCAACCCACAGCACAGCAGACCUUCUCCCUAACUUGUCCAUGCCUGGAAAAGUAAGAAUCUAACAUGGUUCUCAAAGUUGCUAAAUGGCACAUGUCCCUGAGCAAUACUCUGAGAAGCCUGCACGGCAUGGCCCCUUCUGAGACUCCUCUCACACAUUAGCGUAUCAAAGCUCUUAGUCUGACAAUAAAGAGAUCCACCAGAUUCGCUCUAAAGCAGCUUCCCAAAAUGAUUUUACUAAGGAACCCCCUUUUCUCAUAGCAGUAACAUCUUGUGGAGGACCCUUUGCGAAGUGGCGCUGGAGCUGUGGAUGCCAGGAAGGGCAGUGCUCUCCUGUAGAAGCUUCAUCUUUUCAUUCAGAUUAACUGACUUAAGGCUGGUUUAGCUUUUUUUUUCCUUCCAUAUAAGCCUUUGGCACAUAGUAAAAAACCUGAUCUUGUAUCAGGAGGCAGAAAAAAAAAAAGAAGUCCUAUCACAGGAUUCAGAGGACUUUGUCGGCAGAAGUGGCUGGAAAUCCCAAGGGAGAGUAGGAACAGAGAGGGACAAAAGCAUUCCUCUUUUAUGUACCCAAUCCAUAGAGGCCUCUCAUCUCCCUCUUCUGUCUAAAUUGCCUUAGCUUUUUGACUCAUUGGUCAGCUUAAACUGAUCUUAAGGGUUAAGAAGCAUUAGGCAUAGGAGGUAAAGUAUGCCAAAAAACAGUUAUUUUUUUGGCAACAAACCCAGUUUUGAUUAUUCUACUAACAAAUCUAUUAUUGAGUUGUCGGAAGAGUCAUGAUGCAUUUUUGCAACAAAAAACGCAGAAAAAAUGCAUCAAUGACUUUUCUGACAACCCAAUAGGUUGUCAUGAUACUUGCCAAAGAAUAUUAAUUGGU